AUGAAGCGGAAGCUAGAUGUCAACAAUGUCCCUUCACCUGGAGAUCCCGCGGAGAAAAGCAGCAGCACCCCCAGUUUCGAGAGCUUGAACCUCGAUCCCAGGCUUCUCCAAGCCCUCACCGCGCAGAAAUUCACGAAGCCAACGCUGAUCCAGGCAGAGGCCAUCCCGCUGGCUCUGGACGGGAAAGAUGUCUUAGCUCGCGCAAAGACCGGAUCCGGAAAAACCGCCGCUUACCUAUUGCCCAUCUUGCAGUCAAUUCUUCAAAAGCAGACGGAUGAUCCUACAAACAGGGCCGUCCAGGCUUUAAUCCUCGUGCCAACGAGGGAAUUGGCAGAACAAGUGCAGAAGGUAGUGGCCUCAUUCUGCGCCUUUGCGGGUAAAAAUAUACGUUCCGCGAAUCUCACACAGAAGGUUUCUGACGCUGUACAACGCUCGAUCCUUGCCGACCUUCCCGACGUUGUCAUCUCCACUCCCGGUCGGGCAGUCGUCAAUAUCAACAGCUCCGCGCUGUCUCUCGAGCGUUUGGCACAUUUAGUCAUUGAUGAGGCUGAUCUCGUUCUUUCAUAUGGAUACGAGCAGGAUAUGCAGAAUCUAGCCAAAGCGGUACCUCGUGGUGUUCAGACCUUUUUGAUGAGUGCGACCUUUUCGUCCGAAGUAGAUACGCUGAAAGGUUUAUUUUGUCGAAAUCCAGUUAUUUUGAAGUUGGAGGAAAAGGACGAUGAAGGGGCUGGAAUAAGCCAAUUCGUUGUCAGAUGUGCCGAAGAUGAGAAAUUUCUCUUGACAUAUGUUAUAUUUAAACUGCAACUUGUCAAGGGCAAAUGCAUCAUAUUUGUUGGAGAUGUAGACCGAUGCUAUCGAUUAAAACUAUUUCUCGAACAGUUUGGCAUCAGAAGUUGCGUACUUAAUUCCGAACUGCCGGUAAAUUCUCGCAUUCACGUCGUGCAGGAAUUCAACAAGGGUGUCUACGAUAUUAUAAUAGCUGCAGACGAUCAGGAAGUUCUAGGUGAACUGCCAAAGAAAUCCAAGAAACCAAACCGAAAAUCAGAUGAAGCGGCCAGAGGUGCAGGGCAGGAAGAUAGUGAAGAAAACCCAGAUACCAAGACGUCAAAAGAUGGCGCCCAGGAUUCCAGCGAUGAAGAAGUCCAAGAGCACCCAAGUAAACGAUAUAAAAAAUCCGUAAAGGAGAAGGACUACGGCAUCUCCCGCGGCAUCGAUUUCCAAGAUGUUGCCUGCGUCCUCAACUUCGAUCUCCCCACCACUGCCAAAUCCUACACCCACCGGAUCGGCCGCACAGGCCGCGCCGGAAAGACAGGCAUGGCUCUCUCCUUCGUUGUCCCUUCUAACCAAUUCGGCAAGCACAAACCCACCAGCUUCCCCUCCGCCAAGCGCGACGAAGCAGUGCUAGCCAAAAUCACCAAACGACAGGCCAAGGCCGGUCAGGAGGUGAAGCCCUACCACUUCGAAAUGAAGCAGGUCGAGGCAUUCCGGUACAGAAUGUCCGAUGCGCUCCGUGCCGUCACCCGUAUCGCCGUGCAGGAAGCUCGCGCGCGAGAGAUCCGGCAGGAACUUCUCAAGAGCGAGAAGCUCAAGCGCCAUUUUGAAGAGAAUCCAGAGGAGCUGAGGCAGCUGCGGCAUGAUGGGGAGUUGCGGGCUGCCCGUGUGCAGGCACAUUUGAAACACGUUCCCGAUUACUUGAUGCCGACAAAGGGGAAAGCCGGUCUUGCCGGUGGUAGUGGCGCGGAUGUUGGGUUUGUGGGUUUUAAAAAGACGCAUGAGAAUCGGAUUCGGAGGGCGAGGGAGAAGAAUCGGGGUAGGGGAAGGGGAGGGAGAGGGGGGAAGAGUGGAAAGAGGGUGGAUCCGUUGAAGACGUUUCAUUCCGGUGGGAAGCAUUGA